CUGCUUAGUUACCAUGACCACGACACCGUUACCUAACAACGCCGUCCAAGAGGGUGCUAAUGAGAACAAUAACGAUGAAUUACCCACCGCAAUGGGGAUGAUGGCUACAGCUCUCUCCUAUUCCGCUGACUCUGGCACGCCAGUGGAUCUCUCCGUUGCUUCAGAGUCUCUACAAGCAGAACUAACGUGUCCGUCAUGUAAUAAAGCGUACGAUCUGCCGACGGAGGAAAAUGUAAGAGACAAAAGACCUCGAGUUCUGCCCUGUCUUCAUACAGUUUGCGGCGAGUGUUUAGAAGUAUUGGCUAAGGAAGAUGUAAAGAAGAAAAGUAUUAAAUGUCCUCGAUGCCCAGAGAAGACUCUAUGCUGCCCCGGCUGCAACAAGGGUGUGGGAUAUGCCCCCAAAAACCCCGAGAUAUUGCGUUGUCCGGUGUGCAGGAGAGAGGCUAGCAUCCCAGGAGGAACAGUGCUGGGAUUCAAGACGAACCUGCGUCAGAUGAAGCUGCUUCAGAUGGUGAAGCUGAGGGGGGAGCACCAUGAAGGAAAUGUCCAGUGCGUGGGCUGUGCUGAACUCGCCAAAUGCCACUGUAUCGAGUGCCAAGAGAACUAUUGUCAGAAACACGCUGAUUUCCACGACCGGUCCAGAGCGACUUGUGAUCAUCACCUGGUGGUGAUUGAGGAUAUUCUGGAGUCCCACCAAGCCUUCCAGAUGCUACACAAACGACACUACUGUUUAAGUCAUCCUAAGGAACUGGUCUCCCUGUUCUGCAGUGACUGCGAGAAGGCAGUCUGUCCAAGAUGUGCAAUUGGCUUCCACAAGUCUCAUGACGUCACCAGUAUCGAGGAAGUGUACGAGCACAUCAAGGUAAAAAUGGAGGAGCUCAAGAAGAAGACAGAAUCUAAAAUUUACAGUCUCAAGCAGAGCAUAGUGAAGAUAAAAAACGCAGAGCGAGAGAGUGAUGUGGAGAGUCUUACUGCUAAAAGGAAGAUCCAGGAGAUGACGGAGCGCUGCAUCAACUAUCUCAAAGAAAGGGAGCUCGAGCUGGUUAAGCAAGUUAAUCAGAGAUGUAGCUGCAAUGAUGAUGUGAUGAAGAUACAGCUGACUCAGAUCGAGGAGAAUCUCACCAAUCUAAAAGAGGGACAAGACUUCAUAUCAGCUGCAUUUUCUAACUGGACUGAAGCGGAGAUAGUAGCAAUUGAAGAUCAGAUGAUGGCGAAACUUGAGGAGCUUGCUGAGAUUGAAACUCACAAGUACACAUACCCUGUAUCCAGAACUGAGUUCCUUGACGAAGGGUUGUCGGGGUUGACGGAUGUGAUUCGGGAACUUGGAAGCGUUAUAUCCGAGGAAAGGGUUAAGCAAGCAAUCCACGCUCUGGGUCUCAUCAGCCGUGAGAACACGCGCUCUGGAGUUGAGGUCCUGAGGACAAGCGCUCUUCCUCCUAGCAGAGAGGCAUAAUUUCAUGGUUACGAACUAAGAUAGAGUUAUGGUUACUAAUUAAGAGUAAGACAGAGUUAUGGUUAGUAAUUAAGAUAGAGUCAUAAUGUCAUGGUUACUAACUAGUAACUAAUAUAGAGUCAUAAUUUCAUGGUUACUAACUAGUACAGAGUCAUUAUGUCAUGGUUACUAACUAGCACAGAGUUAUUGUUACUAAUUAAGAUAGAGUCAUUGUUAGUAACUAAGAUAGAGUCAUGGUUACUAACUAGCACAGAGUCAUGGUUACUAACUAAGUAGAGUCAUGGUUACUAACUAGCACAUAGUCAUGAUAUCCAACUAGAUAGCAGACAGCUUUAAAGCCAUGGUUACUUAGUAGCAAAAUGAUUAUCAGAGCAGCUUUGACUUUGAACUAUGGUAGUUUUACAAAUGUUUUCUUCGAAUUUAAAAUUCAGUUUUAAAACUCAAAUUAUAAAUGGGAUUAUUAUUGUAUUUGCUCUCGUUAUUAUAUCACAGUUGUGCAAAACGCAUCCCACAACCUUGUAAAAGCAAUUACCAAACUUCAAUUUUUCGGGGCUUUUUACCUAUUUUAUACAACACUUUAUGUACAGAUUGGGAAGAUUUUUCCGCAACUUAAUAGAUAAUUUCAUCAGUUGA